UAUGGAGUCAGCUGAUGGUAGCAGACUGGACAUGGCCGAGCAAAGGGAAUACUAAUGAGGGAGCGGAUAAUCAACAGCCACCUUUUCGCCGAGGCUGAAAUAGUGGGUUUUGUUGUGUAUGAAAAGCGCGACCUGGGCGAAAUAAAUUUCUCUCCGAGGUAAUAGCUAUGGCAGAACCCAUGGAGAACGGCCCCAGCAGUUGCAACGGCGAGGCAGAGCAGGUGUGGGAGAGACCAUGGACACUGGAUGAGAUGCGGAAAAACAGCGUAAACUGGUCUUUAGCCGCAGAUUCUGGGCUUUUUCUCUACCUGCAAGACUUCUCUCAGAGGAUGGUGUCCAAGACACAUGAGAUCGAAAAACAGUUGGACGGCCUUAUUCGAGACACCAAAGCAACUGACAGCUGCCUCCACACCGUCUUUAAUGACUUUCUAAUGCUUUCUAACAUACAGUUCAUAGAAAAUAGAGUUUAUGAUGAAGAAGUUGAAGAGCCAGUCCCAAAAACAGAGACUCAGGAGAAACGCCCUGAACAGGAAAAAACACGAGAACAGAAAGAAGCUGAGCUGAUACCUAAAAUCCAGGAGGCGGUAAAUUACGGUCUAAAGGUCCUGGAAUCUGCCUUUGAGCAACUGGAUGUUAAAGUUGGGAACUCGGACUCCGAGGAUGAGGAGGCAGCUGACAGAGUAGAACCCAUUCUAGAACCCAAGGACCUGUACGUAGACAGGCCGUUACCAUACUUAAUUGGAUCUCAGGCUUUUAUGGAGCAAGAUGACAUUGGCCUGGGAGAUCUUUCCAGCGAUGAAAUGUCCAUCGACAGCGACAGGGAGAGUUUGGUUGAGAGUGAAGUGGAUAAAGAUCAGGACGAGCAUUCAGACGAUGACUUUGAUCAAGAAGGAGAAAGCCGAGAAAAAUUAAAGAAAAAGCAACUCAGUUCUGAUGAAGACGAAGAAAAUGAAGAUUCUGACUUAUUUGGGGAAUCUGACAAGGAUGAGGAUGAAGCCAGAAGGGAUGAUGUAGGUCCAGCAUCAUUUGCUGAUCAACUGGCUGCAAGAAUUAAAGAUACAACAAAAAAGCCAGAGACAGACCGAACAUCAUUGUCAUCAGGCACAUCUGCCACCAAGAAGAAGCACCAAGGAAAGAAACUGCCACAAACACAGGUGGAGGACGAUGAUGAGAUGUUCAAGCCUCCAAAAAUGGAGGACGAAGAAUAUUCUCCAUUUGGAGAAAAGGGUGGUCUCUUUAGUGGCGGUAAAGGCUUGUUUGAUGAUGAUGAUGAGGGUGACCUGUUUUCUGAGGCACCCAAAAAGGAGAAGGAGCAGUCAGUUUCUCAAAAAUCAGAGAGUGUCAACACUAAGAAAAUACCAACAGGUGCAGUUUCCAUCUUCCCAGAAAACAGUCUCUUUGGCUCACCAAAUGGUUCAGACUCAUUAGAGAGCAAAGAAAAUGACCGUUUGGUCAAAUCCAAAGUGCAGGAUGUUCGAGAUCAGCCCUCCCUAGGAGGUGGUCUUUUUGAUGACAACGAAGAUGAUGAUUUCUUCAGUGGGAGCACGCUCAAAAAACCCACGUCUGCUACACAGAAGAAAGCCAAUCCAAAGAUGACAGCAGACCUGUUUGGAGGUGAUGAAGAUGACGAUGAUGAGGAUGGUGACAUUUUUAGUGCUGGUUCUAAGCAGAGCAAGAAAGUUGUGGAAGAAGAAGUACAAACUCAGGAGAAAAAGUUACCUGCUGGUGCCAUCUCAAUUUUUGGGCCUGGUACAAAUAGUCUUCUUGCUGAAAGUCUGAAGAAACGUCACCCGUCAACAAGUGAGGAGUCUGUGAAAUCUGAAGAGAGCAUGCCACCUGCUGUGGUCAAACCACCAGUUGCUCCUAAAACAACAGAGAAAGCAAUGAGCAAGAGUCUGUUUUCUGAUGACGAGGACUCACAAAUAUUCCCUACCAUGCCAAAAAGUCAGUCAAAACCAGAAGGCCCAGCACAGAAUAAACCAAGCAAGCCUAAGGUCUCUAUAUUUGAUGAUGAUGAAGAGGAGGAUCUGUUUGCAUCUGUGCCAAAAUCUCAGUCGGUUCAGGUCAAGACAGCAGUGCCUCAACCUAAGAAAGCUUUAUCAAGUUCUCUUUUUAGUGAUGAUGAGGACCAGUGGAUAAGCUCACAGCCCAGCCCAGCCAAGUCUGGUGGGAAAAGUGGUGGGAUGAAGGCUAGCACAAGUGCCCCGUCUAGGCUACCCAGUGCCAGCGCAUCACAGACAGACAGCUUGUUUAAUGAUGAUGAUGAUGAUCUGUUUGCAGCUACAAAGGAGCCAAGUCAGAAGAAACCUCAGAGGGUCUCCCUUCUGUUUGAGGAUGAAGACGAUGAAGACAAAGGUUCUCUCUUUGGGAUUAAACAAUCUGUCAGCAAAGGAACUCCUGAAGUCAAAGUACCAGCUGCUGCUGCUGCGUCUCAGGCUCCCACUUUGUUUGGCCCAGAGGAGACGCAGGAGGAAGCUAAGGAGAAUCCUUUAGAGAAGGCGACUAUGCAGACAGCAUCCUCCCCUGAGGAGUCUAACAAGAGUAAAAAGCCUGCUGGAGCUGUUAGCUUGUUUGGAGGAAUUAAUGUUCUGGGAGACGAAGCCAAAACCACCACAAAACAAACCAGGAAUGCACUGGAGGACAUCGAUGAUAUUGACUGGCAUAAGGAAGCCCCUCCACCCAUGGAGACCAAGGAGAAAAGGGCCACGAAAAACACAUUUAGUUUGUUUGAUGAUGAAGAUGAAGAUGAACCUAAUGAAAUACCUCCUCUUUCAUCAGCAACCAAGCAUAUGGAGAAAAGUACAUUAAAGGAGCCGAGAACUGUUGUAAAGAGCACAGGUGUCUUUCAGGAUGAGGAGCUUCUCUUCAGCCAGACACAGCAAAGAGACAAUGACCCAGAGGUGGACCUCUUUGCUACCUCCACUAAACCCUCAAAAACUGUUUCUAGCUCAGUGAAGCCUGCUGUUUCUGCAUUGUUUGGGGAGGAGGAGGAGGAUGAUGACUUAUUCAGCUCUGCAAAGCCAAAAGCUCCUCCGAAAGUACCAAAUAAGGCAAGUAAGGCCAAACAUGAAGAAACUGACAAAGGUUCAAUUUCAGCACAGUCUGCUAAGAGUGAGAAACCUGUGACCCCUGUUAAACCAAAAGAAACAUCAUCAAGGAUUGGAAAACUUCAAGCUAGUUUGGCCAUCAAUCCUGCUAGUCUUAUGCCAGGAGCAGGUCCACGGACUCCAGGUGCAGUUAGCAUAAUGCCUGAUCUGGCUCAGUCCUCCUCACCCAGAUCUGCAGGGCUGCCGCCGGAGUCUGCCGCCACUGCAGAAUCCAGGGUUGCUGCUGAGGGAGGGAUCGGCUUUGAAACACCAGCUCAGGUCACAACACUACAGAAUGCCAAUAAGGACCGUGUUAAAGGCGCAACCCAGCGGCGUCCCCAGACACGUGCAGCGAGACAUUUGGCUGCACAGCGCUCUGAAGAAUCUCGCCUGGGCAGCCUGGCAGAAAACUCGGCUUUUCAAGCUGAUUCAGGAGCCAGAACAACUUCAGUGCCAUCUGCCUUUAAUCCUAUAGCAGCCAGACCCUCAGCUCUCACACUACCUAUAACCACUAGCAGCACUACAGUGCCCGCAAAAACAGUCUCUGAUGGUGUGGUCAGGCCCAAGGUGCUCCCUCUUGCUGAGGCGGACUUAUUUUCAUCAGAGGACCUUUUCGCUUCUGCCUCAGCUCCUAAGCAUACCCCUCCAUCGCAAACUAAGGCAAAGCCUCCAGAGACAGUGUCCCAUGGAGCUUCUAAGAAAAAAGAGCCAACUCAGUCUAUCAUUAACGACCACAGUGAGGACCUCUUUGCCACAGUCAAGCCAAAGACUGUAAAGAAAGCCAAGGCUAUGCCUUUGCUUGAUGAUGACGAUGACAUUUUUGCAACGGAGACGAAGAAGGCCUCUAAAACACUUGCUAGCUCCAUUAAACCAGACAUUUUCCAGGAUGUUGAUGAAACGCCCUCCAAAGUACUUAAGAAACCUAAAGAGCAGAGCCUAGAAGCAAGCCUGUUUGACGAUGUGGACAUUUUUGCUGAUUUGACUCCUGUAACAAAACUAAAGGAGAAAAAGGCAAAAAAGAAAGUAGAAACUAAAUCUAUAUUUGAUGAUGACAUGGAUGAUAUUUUCUCAUCUGGAAUCACAAAACCAGUAGGGGCCUCAACUGCGAAGAAGUCUAAGAAGCCUGUCCAGGAAUUGAACUCGGCAGAGGAUUCAGGCCAUAAUAUAUUUGACGAUCCCCUUAACGUGUUUGGUGGAAAGUAAAGGUGUGAAAUUUGUAUGUUUGUGACCUGACAGAUUAGAACAUACAGAACAACAUACUGUUGACAGAUAAUUUAUAAAUUCUAGAAAGAACAGCCUUAUGACACAUAGAUAAUAAAAAACUAACUUUUAACGGUUAUAUAAAAAAUUCAUGAUUGAUUAAUAGCAUACAGAUUCAUCAAAAAGAAAAUUGAAGAGAACCCUGAAGUAACUUCUAAUGGCAUCCGAUCCUCUCUCAGUAAUAGGGCAAAGCUGCCAUGAAGUGUUAGAUUACUAAUGGAUUGUUUUAUUUCUUUGUGUUUAUUAUGGUAAAGCACUUUAAAAUUGACAGUAUCGGUUGUGCAUCCUAUAAAAUCAAAUUGAUUUGAUUGUGAAUGAAUACAUUCCUCUGACAUGGUAGACAUGAUUUCUUUGCAUUCUUUUGCCUCAGUUUGUUGCAUAUGACUGUCAAGAUUGCUUAGCAACAUUAGUGCUCAUUGUCUUGAUUGUGUUUUUAUAAAUUUUUGUGUUGCAUGUAAAAUGAUUUUUGUAAACUAAAAAAAUAUAUAUUUUAUAAAGAGUGAAAAUGU